UUAAAAGUUAUGAAAAUUAUAGAAUUUAUUAAGAUUAAUGACAAUUAAAAUAGUUAUUUCGAAAGUGAAGGUUGAAAAGUAUGUCAAUGAGUAAGCUAAAAUGUUGAUGGCAAAAUUGCAUCAUUAAAUAUUACUUAUUUUUAUGUAUUAUAAAUAGAUAGAUAAAGAAAUUAGUCACUAUUUUCUUUCUUAAAAAUAUCCCUGAAUGGAUAAAAAAGACAAGAUAAUUAUAAUAUGAUUAUGUUUCGUCAACACAAGGUCAAGGUAACUUACGAAAGAGAACCAUUAGCUCUUACAUUGUUUCUCUCUCUAUCUCGUCCAUCCAUGAUCACAAUUCUCUCCCAAAUGGGUUCUCUCAUAAUCACAUUCUUGUGUUUUUAAUUCCCUUCAAUGUCUCAUAACCACUCUCAUGCAUCUCCAAUAUCGAUGAAAGUAGGCCAGGACGACAACCUCAUUCACAAUGCCAUGCAUGCUGGAAUUACCAAGGCAGAAACGUUGUUUGGAGGUUCUUUCAUAUGCCACAGUACAGCUAAUCAAAUCAACUCCAAGGGAAUCUGGUUUGGAGAUGACCCUCUUGCAUAUUAUCUCCCUGUCUUCUUGCUCCAACUUUGCCUCAUAUUCAUCUUUACCCAUUUCAUUCAUCUUAUUCUCAAGCCAUUUGGUCAACCGUCUUUUGUUUCUCAGAUUAUUGGUGGUGUGACUUUAGGUCCUUCUAUUCUUGGGCGGAACACAGCAUUCAUUGACAAGGUUUUCCCAUCAAAAGGAAGAAAUGUGAUUGAUACCAUGGGCUUUUUCGGUUUUAUGUUAUUUGUCUUCUUAACUGGGGUAAAGAUAGAUCCAACCAUCACUUUUAGAUCAGGCAAAAGGACUUUUGCCAUAGGAAUUUUAGGCUACUUUGUUCCUUACACUUUUGCCAAAACGGUUGUCUUUAUGCUCACACGCUUUGCAACAUUGGAUAGUGAUGUCUCUAAGGUGCUUCCUAUUGUGAUAGAAAUUCAAUGUAUCUCAGCCUUUCCAGUAAUUACUCGUUUUCUUGUUGAGCUUCAGAUCCUCAAUUCAGAGAUUGGGCGAUUGGCCACUUCUUCUUCAUUAGUGUGUGAUAUUUGUUUCCUUUUUGUUAUGACAAUAAAGUUUGUUGCAAGGUUAUCCUCCACAAAGUCAAUAGGAACAUCUAUUGGAUCUUUCUUGUCCCCCACGCUAUUUCUUAUAUUCAUCAUCUUUGUAGUUCACCCAGCUGCAAUAUGGGCAAUUCGACAAUCACCAGAAGGGAAACCUGUUCAAGAAAUUUAUAUAUGUGGUGUUUUUCUAACACUAAUAUUUUGUGGAUUCUUAGGUGAAGUUUUUGGCCUAAAUGCGAUUGUUGUAUCUUUCUUUGUGGGGCUGGCUAUACCAGAUGGUCCACCAUUAGGAGCGGCAUUGGUAAAUAAGCUUGAUUCCUUUGUUUCAGUGGUGUUCGUGCCUAUCCUUUUUAUAAUAGUUGGAUUAAGGACAGAUGUGUACGCCAUACAGAAGAUGAAGAACAUAGCUACAAUUCAAUUCAUUAUCUGCAUUGCUUUUUGUGGGAAAGUUUUAGGGGCUUUAUUACCUCUCAUCUUCCUUAGGAUGCCAUUCCGAGAUGCCUUUGCUCUUGGUCUUAUAAUGAACUGCAAAGGCACUAUUGAAUUGUACUUGUUGAUUAGCUUGAAAUUAAAAAAAGCCAUGAAUGAUGAAUGCUUUACAAUUUUGGUUCUUACUUUAGUGCUUGUAGCCGGGAUUGUGUCACCUAUUGUGAAAACUCUAUAUGAUCCUUCUAAGAGGUUUCUUGCUUACAAAAGGAGGACAAUUAUGCAUCACAGAAAGGAUGAAGAACUACGCAUACUAGCUUGUAUUCAUAGACAUGAUAAUGUUUUGGCUAUUAUGAACCUCCUUGCAGCUUCCAACCCCACUAAAGCAAGCCCUAUUAACUUAGUUGUGCUUCAGCUUAUCAAGCUUGUGGGGAGAUCUUCCUCUCUUCUUGUUGCACACGUGCCGCGAAAAAUGCUUAGUCACCAUUCUACUCAAACUGAAAAGAUUUUCAACUCAUUCAACAAGUUUGAAGAUGUAUACAAGGGCAAGGUCACACUACAUUCCUAUAAGGGCAUUUCUCCUUAUGCUACAAUGCACAAUGAUGUGUGCUACUUGGCACUUGAAAAGAGAACAACUUUUAUCAUCAUACCUUUUCAUAAGCAAUGGAUACUUGGAGGGACAACUGAGUCAUCUUUUGCUUUUAAGCAGCUCAAUAAGAAUGUCCUAGAGAAAGCUCCUUGCUCAGUUGGUGUCCUCAUUGAUCGUGGUAACCAAAAGAUGUUUUGGUGUGGCUUCAAAAAGGGAUCAAUAUAUCAAGUAGCUAUGCUCUUCUUUGGUGGUGCAGAUGAUCGAGAAGCACUUUCAUAUGCGAGACGCAUGUUAGAUCAACCUUAUGUACAUAUUACUCUUUUUCAUUUCUCAUCUCCAACUGAGAUUGUUGGAGGAACAGAAAGGAGCAAAAUGCUUGACACACAGAUCUUGAGUGAGUUUAGGCUUAAGGCUUUUCGGAAUGAGAGAGUUUCUUACAAAGAGGAGAUGGUAAUGGAUGGAAAGGAUGUACUUUCAGUUAUUGAAUACAUGGAGAGUUGUUAUGACCUUGUCAUGGUUGGGAGGAAGCACGCAGAUUCAAAAUUAAUGUCAGAAAUUGGAAAAUGGAAGCAUGGAGAAUUGGGAAUUAUAGGAGAGAUUCUUGCCUCUUUAAAUAUAGGAGCCAAAACAUCAAUUUUAGUUGUGCAACAACAAACCAGAUUUUGGGGAUCACGUGAUCCAGAAGAAUCCACACAUUUGAGAAAAGAAGAUAUAUAGCAAAAUAUUAGGAUUUGACACCAGCAGUCAUAUGUAUAAACUUAGUGCACUUUGGAUAUAGAUAAUGUACAACCUUUGUGUUUCCAAAUUUAAUUUUGUCUCUUCUUUGUCUUCAUUUUCUCCUCUCUUUUUUAUUCCUUAACAGUGAUUUUGCUUAUUCUUAAGUGACUUAAUUCA